CCCAAGCCCUCGUGAGGCUGGCAUGCAGGAUGGCAGGACAACCCAGCCACAUGCCCCAUGGAGGGAGCCCCAACAACCUCUGCCACACCCCGGGGCCUGCGCACCCACCCGACUCACAGAGGCACCCGAACACCCUGUCUUUCCGCUGCUCGCUGGCUGACUUCCAGAUUGAGAAGAAGAUAGGCCGAGGGCAGUUCAGCGAGGUCUAUAAGGCCACCUGCCUGCUGGAUCGGAAGACCGUGGCUCUGAAGAAGGUGCAGAUCUUUGAGAUGAUGGACGCCAAGGCCCGGCAGGACUGUGUCAAGGAGAUCGGCCUUCUGAAGCAACUGAACCACCCCAACAUCAUCAAGUAUCUGGACUCGUUCAUCGAAGACAAUGAGCUGAACAUCGUGCUGGAGCUGGCCGACGCGGGCGACCUCUCGCAGAUGAUCAAGUACUUCAAGAAGCAGCAGCGGCUCAUUCCCGAGAGGACUGUGUGGAAGUACUUCGUGCAGCUGUGCAGCGCCGUGGAGCACAUGCACUCCCGCCGCAUCAUGCACAGAGACAUCAAGCCUGCCAACGUCUUCAUCACAGCCACGGGCAUCGUGAAGCUUGGUGACCUCGGCCUGGGCCGCUUCUUCAGCUCGGAGACCACGGCGGCGCACUCCCUUGUUGGGACACCGUACUACAUGUCACCGGAGAGGAUCCACGAGAACGGCUACAACUUCAAGUCCGACAUCUGGUCCCUGGGCUGUCUGCUCUACGAGAUGGCUGCCCUCCAGAGCCCGUUCUACGGAGAUAAAAUGAAUCUCUUCUCCCUCUGCCAGAAGAUUGAGCAGUGCGACUACCCGCCGCUCCCAGGGGAACACUACUCCGAGAAGCUCCGAGAACUGGUCAGUAUGUGCAUCUACCCUGACCCGGACCAGAGACCAGACAUCGUGUACGUGCACCAGGUGGCCAAGCAGAUGCACGUCUGGAUGUCCAGCACCUGAGUGGGCACAGCCUCAUCAAAAGCCAACACCACUUUGCCUUACUUGAGUCUUCUGAAGCAGCCUCCUGCAGCCUGAACAGCUGAGAUAAGAGGGUUCGGCAGAUCCCCCAAAGGCGGCCGGCCUUUGCAGCAGAUGCUGAACACAGAGCAGCCAGGCGACGGUCAAAUCCCAGAGUCCUUUCUCUGUACUGUCUGGACCAUCUCAGCUGGCUUGUCACUAAGGGGCAUACAGCGAGCGGCCAAAGCCUCCGACAUCUGGACUGCAACGUGAAUCUUUGGGGAAUUCCGAGACCUGUCCAAGUUGACACUGGCAGGAGACUUGCAGGGGAUGUUGUGACUUGUGUGAGCCUCUGACAAUGGUUAGCAGCAAGUUCAGUUUAGUUCUUAGUAUCUUCCCAGACAAUCAAGCUGUGUGCUCAAUUUACUCUGUUGUAAAGGGAUAAAGUGGAAAUGAUUUUUUAAACUAGAGUAGAGAUUUCACUAAUAUUUUUAAUUUGCAUUUUAUAACUUGAUGAGUGAUGACAAGAAUCCAGCAUCUAGCAGAGCUCUGCAAGGCAAAUGGCACCUGAAAGCCAGGUUUGGGUGGUCUGGUUAGUCAUCUCCUAAACCCUUGCCAUGUGCCAGGCACCCACCCUGUCACCUCCUGGAGUGCUGGUGGCUCGUUUCAUGACCAGUGUUAAGCAUUUCCCUCUGUGGAAAGGAAGCAUGGGCUACAAGCUUUGUCCUUGGGCUCUUCUUGGCAAAUUCUGGCUCUGCAACUUCCGAGUGUGACCUUGGUCACAUUUCUUAGCCUUUCUGAGCCUUAAUUUCCUCAUCUCUGAAAUAGGACUAAUACUAUCUACCUUUAGGUAGACAGAAUUCAAAAUAAAAGAUGCAAGUCAGUCGGCACGACACAGAUGACCCCAAAGCAGUAGCCACUCAUCCUUCAGAAAACUAAGCCCAUGGGCCCUGUAUGUCAAGAAUUAAAAGUGCAACUGUAUUAUGUGUAGGAAACCAGAAACAUGUUCAUUUAUUGCUUGUUCCCAAAUAGGAUUAACUGUGAAGAUAAUUUAUAAAUGUGAAUUUAAGGAAAUUCAAGCUCUAGAAGUAGUUUGAAUUGUGUUUUUAUACGCAAGUUAACCUUCCCUGGUGUCUCGGUCAGGUGUGUCCUGACCUCACCUGGCUGACAGGGCCCUGGACCACUGCUGUCUCUAAGCUGAGCUCUGCUCUGCACAACACUGAGAUGCUGUCAGGCUCAGAGCCUUCUCCAGAUGCCUCUCCUCUGUAUGCACCCUCGUGUUUGAAAUAAAGUGGGGAGAGGGGCA